AUGAUGGAGGCCGUGGAUCUCGAUGAGUUUGAUGACCAGCACAACGAUGUUACUCCGAAACACAAGUGUAUUAGUCCGGAAGAAUUCAGGCGACUGGAAGAACGCCUUGAUGAAGUGCAAACCGACAUCCUUGCAACCAAUAAAAUGUUGCGUGAGUUGAGCACUUUAGUGCACCGACAACACCAGACGGCAGAGGUGAAGACACAGACUCGGCGUCUUAGUGACAGCCUUUCAACGUUGGCACUGGGGAAACCGAUUGAUAAUUCAGUAGCAAACGAUGUAUUAAAGUCCAGAGAUCCAGCGUAUCUUCAAGAUGACACAGCUACGAUUCCAUCCGAUGCAGUACCAAAUCGUACCUUUUCACAAGCUGCUACUCCUCAUCACCUAGUGAAGAAGUUAAGUAUGCCUAUUGCUAUUCCAGAUCCGACAUUAUCUUCCGAGUGGCUCACUAAAGUCGAGAUGCGUCCUGCCUCACCACAAGAGAAAUCUCGACUAACACCCAAAAUUUCGCUACCAUUCCAAGUCCGAAGCAAAAUUAUACCCUUUACCAAAGCACGCAAGCUUGCCAAGCUGGCAUCAGUUGACCGUGAUAUGAUUAGUCGGCGCUUUUCCGUCAGAUCCAUUAAUCUGGCCAGGUCUCAGAGUGUUGCUAUCUCGGAGUCGCGGAGUAGUCACGACGGUCACAAUCACGACAUCACUCCGGAAGAAAUCACGUCUGCGCGUAACCUUGAAGGAGAAAUGAGCCGAUUCACGCUCCACCACGACUCAGCAUACCGCACCGCUUGGGAUGUGUUGGUCAUUGUGAUGAUUUUACUUGACCUCGUGUUUACCCCGUUGUCUCUCGGCUUUAACUACGAGUCUAAAUUUCUGGAUUGCUACAGUACCUUGGAGUCUAUGGUUUACUUUGUGGACUUCUUUGUGCGGAUGUUUUCUUCAUUUACCGAUGAACACGGCAAUCUCAUUUCCGGACCCAAGCAAACGGUGAGGAAUUACUUGAGUAGUGGCUGGGCUUUACCGGAUUUACUGAGUUGGCUCCCGUUCGAGUCGUUUAUGAGAACAAGUCACAGCAAUGUUGUCGGGUUUCUAAAGAUCUUUCGAUUAGCUAAAGUGAGUCAUCUAGCACGUAAACUCCACUCGGCUAAGAAAGCGGGUAUCGUCCGGUUUGUUCUGCUUCUAGGGCUUGUGUUGACUAUUUCACAUUUACUCACAUGUUACUGGAGUUGGGUCGCUGUUGACUGGCGAGCACACUUGGAAGAAGGGAGUUUUGUUCCAAAAACUUUGUUUGAGGAAUACAGUCUGUGCUGGUCGCUAGUAAUUGGCUGCGUGAAUGCCAGUCCUCCUAUAAUGUACUCUCCAGCCGAGUUGGUAUCAGUGGCGUGUUUCAUGCUAGUCGGUAAUAUACUACAGGCCAGUGUUUUCGGUGCUGUGGCAGCGCUAAUAGCCUCGAUCGACGAGGAUGAGGCAGCGUAUAGUAAGAAAAUCAUCUCGACUUCUGAACGUUGUCGCUUCCUCGGGAUAUCGGAGGAGCUGUCCGACCGUAUUCGAGGAUACUAUGAGAAUCUCUGGCGGGAAACAAAGAGUGUUAGUGCGGACGCCGAUGCCUUUAUUAACGAAUUGUCCCCAGCUCUAAUAUGUGAAGUAAAAUUUCAGCUUUAUCGAGAUAUGCUCAAGAAAAUCCCCUUCUUGUCCUCGAGAACGUUGGCUCCAGCUGUGAUCGAAGCUCUCAUUCUACACUUGCGCACUGUUAUUUACAUGCAAGACGACGUAUUGAUUAGGAAAGACGAGUUCGGGGACUGGAUGGGGUUUAUUGGGUCUAAGGGAUCAGUUGGGGUACUAGAUCCCAACUCGGCGAUUAUCAAGAUUAUUCACAUCCUUCACAAGGGGGAUUACUUUGGAGAGAUGGCAUUGUUACAAAACACGAGGCGGGCAGCAACGGCGAUAGCACUGACGUGGGUCCAGAUUCACGUAUUGUGUCGACAAGAUCUUGACUAUGUCAAGGAACUGUACCCGACCCAGGGUGAGAUUCUCCAAAGCGAGAUAGCCAAGUACAAGCAAUGGAGUGCUCAAAACUCCAAGUAGGCAAUUUAACUGCUCUUAGGAAUCAAAUGUGAC